AACAAAAUCACUUUUCCAGAUAUAGAUUCUGAUUUAAGAACUGAUGCACAGUUUGAUGAAAUGGCACAAAUUAAACAUCACUUGGCAACCUCUCCAUUCACAGAAUUGAAUAUUGGAAUGGUAAGUCAGUUUCCAUUAGAUUUUAUGCUUUUAGUGUACCUUAGUGUCAUGAAACGUCUUCUCUCAUUUUGG